AUGAUGGCGGAGGCCGGGUCCCAGCCGCCGCCGCCGCCAUCUCCCCGCCCCGGGCUACAGCCGCCGCCGGCUACUUUCUUCGGGGCCCUGGUGCCGGGGAACCCGGUGAUCGACAGCUUCGAGUCGGAGCUGCGGGACUUCCUGGGCUUCAUGCGCCGGCUGCGGAGCGUGGGGACGGCCGCGCCGCGGGGGCAGGAGCUGCACAGACGCGGAGCAAACACUUUGUUUAAUAUUUGGAUCAAGUAUAAGCCUCGACUGCCAGAUUGGUAUUACAAUGAAAAACUUCUGAAAGUUGGUGACCUCCUUAUUCAGAUCAAAGAAUAUAAGCUAGCACUUCUACAGUGCUACGGACGGUAUCUUCAGCAGUCCAGUUCAAUAAACCUUGACGAGGUAAUAGCAGAUGUGAAUCAGUUUAAGUCCGUGUUUUUUCCAAAUGGUUUUGGUGAUAAAAGUGCUGCACUUACGUUCCAUGCUUUGCAAGGAAGGAAUAUUUGCAUUUACCAGAUGUUAUGCAUCAGUGAUAGAAAUCUCCAGAAUCAAGAAUCUCUGCAGAUGUGUUUCAAUAUCUUGUCCUCCUUACGACUCAUUAUGCAGGUGGCUCUAUCUCAGGAGCAUUUGUGUUGGCUUAUCUAUAAUGGUACAGUUUAUAUAUACACCAUAUGCAGACGUUUGAUGAGCCUAGGUCAGUCUGCUAAGGUGCUGGAAUACCUAUUGUGGGCCAGCAUAUGUAUGGAAUCAUCAGUCCCACUUUUAGCUGUACACUAUUUGACAUGGAGAACCACCCUUUACACUGCAGUUUGUUAUUGUUAUUAUGAUUGCCAAGCCAGCAUCCAUGGAGAGGUAUUCGCUCGCCGUGGUUUGAGUAAAAUUGAUGAACUAAAGCAAUUGGAAAGCAUGAGUUCUUCACCACAAAAUUCAGAAACAAAAAAAGUUUUUAGAGAGGCCACUAUAAAGAUGGCAGUAAUGGUUUUCAAGAGAGCAGUAUAUGAAUCCAGAAGAAAGCCCAAAGGAUUUUUUCGACCAAAAUUAAGGGUUAAUCUAAAGGAAGCACAAAAUUUGCCAUGGCCUCGUACUGUUACAGAACGGCUGCUGACAGAGAUGUUUGAUGGCACUGCAGCCCAUUUCCUUGCCAUCCUAGAAGCUCUCUCUGAUAGUAAUAGACAAGCAUUGCGCCCUGCUCCACCUGUUCCCGAUGAAACUGAGAUUCGAGAUGUGGUUUCAGAGCUUUUUUUUGCAGGCAUGGAUAUCCUGGCAGGUGGCGGCAGCUUUGCUAGUACACAAGGAAGUUAUUGUACUGAGUCUUCUGGUGUAAUAAGUGCAUCAUCGACACUUCUGCAGCUUAUAUUAACAGGGAAAAAUGGUGUUUCUGGAGAAGCUGCUAUGAAGUUUAUAAAGUUAGCUUUCAGCUAUGAAGAGUGGGAUGUAUUUGAUUCUACUAUUGGACUGAUUGCUAAUUUUCUUCAGAAUCAAGAUGAUCCAAUAUGGAAGAAAGCAGAAAUGGAACUCAGGCUUAUUAUUGCGAUGCAGCCUCUAGUGUCUACAAGAAGAUCUAAACAUGGCCUCUCUGUCCAGGAAAAUAUUUUUAAGGAAGCCACGAUAUCUCGCAGUUCUGGAAGAAGAACAAUAGCACUUCAAGAAGGAUCCCUAAAGCCUGGAGACCCUUCUGAUGAUCUUGUCACUUUGGCAACCACAGUGUUUUCCUGCGUAUGUACAUCAAAGCAGACUCUCCAACCAGAUAAAGAAAUACUUGUUGAUAUAGUAAUGUUUCUGUGGCAGAAGUGCAAAGUGGGAGUUCAGCGGAUCCAAAUGAGUGGAAGUGCCUGCUUAAAAUAUAUCUACAAAUUCAAAGCUUACAAAUGGGUUCACAUACUUUGGAUAAUAAAUGAAGUAAUUCACAGCAGUAACAUAAUAGAUGCUAAUGUGGUAGUACUUGCAGAGGUCACAUUACGUCUGACUGCAAUAAUGGAGAACAUAGCUGACUGUGCAAAUAAAUCAGCAAAAACAGCAGGAGAAAGAAGUGAAUCAGUAUUACCUUCACAAACUCAUAUCUGUGACAUUCCUGAAAUACUGAAGAAAAGCCCGGCAGAACAGUUACAUUUUGCUUAUGAAAAUCUUGAAAAAGCAAUUAAUGGAAUGAACACGUCUCGCUUAAUGACCAUUUUACCAGAUGGAAAAUCAGUACUUGACACCUAUUGUACAAAGAAGAAUUCAAAUGGCCAAAAUAUGAAUGCUUCUUCAGCAUAUGGUGAUGAUAAGCCAGCCCCAGGAAACAAUUUUGUGAUGGAUUUACACUUGGAGCUUAUUCAGGCUCAACACAGAGUUGCUGUGAAACUUCUUAACAUGAAACAAGGUGUUCAAAUGGAUGGCAAAAAUCUCAAGUCUACUAAGUCUCCUGGGAAAGAUGUAAAUUGCCUUAAUCUCUUCACAGAAUCAGAUAUAAUGAAUAAAAUAAAAAAGAAUAAGUUAUCCAAAGCUAUCUUCCUGAUGCAAAAGGCUAUAUUGAUGUUCCCUAAAGGCUCAGCCAGUUCUUCCCAAAAGCACCUCCUUGAGGAAGCAUUAGCUUUAAUUCAGAAGGUUGAAGCUGAACAAAAUGCAUUGUACUCCAGUCUGAAACAAGCUAUGACUAGCAAGAAAAAUAGAAUCCCCCCUCCUCCUCUGUUGCUUUCCAGAUCACAUUGCUCCAUGACAUUUAAACCAGCUCCAUUCACCUCAGAUGUUCAGGUUUCAUGGUACAGUAUUUUGGGCUGCGUAACAGCAGGAAGCAAUUUAAAAGUAAGAUUAAAUAAUCAUCAUCUUCCAAAUGCAGGAGAAGAGAUACCAGCUGAUGGAAAAAGCCUUUUGGAAAUAAAAGGCUUAGAUCCCAAUGAAAAGUACAUAUUUGCAGUUGCAGCAUAUUCCUCGGAUGGAAAGCUUAUUGGUGAUGCCAUAGGGGAAACAACUAAACCAAUCCUUGCUUAUCCACCACUUUCUGCUACUACUGCUCGAGCAUACCUGACUCAGAUUGCCUAUCAGACAGAUAACUAUACAUUAGCCAAAAAAGCAUUUUCACCACUGUGGGACUAUUUUGUCUUGCCUCCUUCAACACCAUCUGCUGAUCCAGCAGUUAUUUCUGCAAGCAACAAUUUGACUAUAUCUCAGAACAGAUUAUGUCUUGAUGCUGUAUCUCAGACUUCUCCAAUCCUCUUGCACCUCUUUCUUAGGAGCAUUUUUAUUAUUAAUGAGAUUAAUGUUAAGGAAGGAGCACUCUUCUGUGAUUCCAUUUGUUCCAAAGAGAUACUGUACAAUGGACAAGUUGCUAGACUAGCUGAAUGUGAGAGAAUGGUAGUGGCGAUUGAACUCAGUAAUUGGUUAAAUGAUGCAAAUUAUGCCCUGCAAUCUGUUGUUCAAUGUUAUGGUCUCCUUGCUCCGAUUAUCUAUCACAAGAUUGCUUCAGUGCCAGUAGUUCAGAUCCUCAUCAAGUGUCUAACAGUCCUGCAAGAAGUCCCAAGUUCUACCUUACAGAGGAAACAGACAGGUUGUUAUGAGAGUAUUCAGCAUAUGAUAGCUUGCUCCUCCUUUUAUACAGCACAGGUACUGCGUUCAUGGAAAGAAUAUGAACUAGCAUUAAUUAUUAUCAACUAUGGGAAAAAGUUGUUGGAUUCUUCACAAACAUCCCAAGGACAGUCUAAAUUCAGUAGUAUUGAAGAAAUGCAAAUUGACACAGAAACAGAAGAUGAGGUUCUCGCUCAUCGUGGUGGCCACUGGACAUUGCUUCAAAAUACCUGCCGAGAGCUUUGGAACCAUAGUCAAGAAGCACUGUCAAUUGCCAAGCAUUCACAUUCGCUUCAAGGAUUAUUUCCUAUUACCAGAAAUUUUCUUAUCAGCACAAUCUGGUUGCCAUUCUAUUUGGCAUCAGAUGCAAUCCUUGAUAUGAUAAUUGAACUACAAACUAGUAAUUCCCUUAAGAUUUUUGAUCCCGAAGGAGAUUUCUGUGUUCCAAGUUGUGUAGGAGGAAUUGCGGAUGAGGAUGGGGGUUCUAAUCUUACUUUUUGCUGCCCUCUUGAUGAUAUCAGUGUGGUUGACUUGAGAUGGAUAUGUGGUCUGGUACUAAGAACUAUAGAGCUCAUGUAUCAAAUGAAGAAAUGGGAAGCACUGGUACAUAUAGCUAUGCAUUUUAAUACAGUUACACAUGAAAGAUAUGCAGAACAAGUGACUCCACUUCUGGUAUAUGCACAAAGACAACUUCUGGAGAGAAUACAGCAAUUCGGAGGCCCAGAUAGUCCUCAGCCUCAUUUCAUAAAAUACCAGGGUGAUAAUGCAAACAAGAUAAAUUGCAGAAACUUCAUUGGAAAACAGUUGCGUAUUGCCAGCACAUUUAAUGAAGUGACAGUUUCUGGACACCAUUUUGUUCCUGAGAUGCCAGAUAUUUAUACAGAUGGCAGUCAAGCACAAGCCCUGGUUUGUGUCCCUCUUGAUGUGACAGACACACUGAAAUGUUUCAGAGAAACCCUAGAAAAAUCUAAAUACCACAGCAGAGCACUUAGACACAGCAGAAAAUUGCUUUCACUAUUUCUUGCUCACACACAAGAAACCUUUGGAAGAGUACCCAAUCAGAUCUUUACAAAUGGAAAAGUGGAAUUUAGUGUGGGAGCUGAACUGACAUUUCUACCAAAACCACCUGACCUUUCUCAAGAAAAAUAUAAUUUCCCCAGUAUGGUCGAAAGCAGACCAUUACCUGAGUCACAGCUCUCAGUAGUUGUCUCUUCAUAUGAAAAAACUAUUGAAAUUCUUCAAAUAAAUAACCAGCGAGACCUCAAGGUGCAGGCUCUGCAUGAACUUGGAAAUCUUCACUUUUAUGCAGGAAAGAAGAGAUCUGCUUUAAAAUAUUGGUGUCAAGCCCUUGAUGAAACACUCAAAAUAGCUGAUGUACUUAACAACUGGCAAGAGUUAGAUGGCUUUUCAAAAAAUGUUCCUGACGACUUUACAGAUAGAAGUUCUAAACAUUUUAGUGAGAAAUGUAUUUAUCAAGCUGGAAUUUGGGGGUGCUUGCAUGCAGCAGUUUUAGCAGCUAAGAUAGCUCAGUACAUAUUGACAUCAAGUGUGAGACUAAGAACUAAAUGCUGCAUUUUCUCUGCUAUACUCUUUAAGACACUGUUUAAAGUCUCUAUUCCACAUCCCACAGCUGAUUGUGAUUUUGCACAAUAUGAAAUACACAGGCUUAUUCCUGGCAUUGAUUUGUUCUCUGAUCGCUACAGAGCUGAUGUCUCCACUGUAGUUGCAAGUCUGAGUUUCCUUAUAUUUGAAUUGCAUUGUGCAAAGCAAAAUCUAAUAGUUUUGCCACUGUUUACGUUGUACCAAUACUUUGUUUCUGAAAUUUGUCGUGACCCGGUUAAAUGUAUUGAAGGAAGAAUCCUCAAGAUUAAAGUACUUACAGAUUUAGGAUUUUUUGCGGAGGCUUUCUAUGAACUGUGUCUGCUCAAUCAUGGCGAAAAAAUUCCCUGGAAAGUACCUGCAGGCUACAGACUUACUGGGAAAAUGAUGUCUUUUCAGAAAUUCAAUGCAUCAAAACCCCUCCUGUCGAACGCAAACUUACAGGUACUGGAAGAUGUAUUUAAUUGGAGUCUACCUCCAGCUGUGGUUUCAAUGUGUGAUCAACAAAUCAUGAAUAAAUUAACUUUGGCCAAAAUGCAUUUUAUCAUUUGUCUUUCGGCAACAAUAAAUAGUAUUCCUGAAAAAGUGAUGAAGACAAUUUAUUCUAUGGAUAACACUAGCUUAAAAAAGCCAAGCAGAAUCAUGGAGUCAAACAUAAAAAUUAAUGCAGAAGUUACAAGACACCAGGAACAAAGCAGCAUUAUUGUGCAACUGGUCAGAUGCAAAGACGAAUUAAAUAUGGCUAUGCUAAAGGGGAUUUUAUUGACAGAAACUGAAGAAAGGCUUAACUCUCUUGUAGCCAUCAUACAGAAUGAAUAUGAUGGGAAGAUUUCUCGCUGUUCUGCUGUAGAAUUAGAGACUGUUAUUGAGGCCAAGCUUCAGCUUGCAGUUAUUUCUCAGCAGAGACAUCAAACUGCUUUCAGUGCUGCUUUGGCUUUCUCUGCAAUUCGACUUCUUCAGGAUGCAAACAUUUUCAGGAAGAAUGUUCCACAUAUUCAGCUAAAUAUACAGCAAACAGAGCGUCGAGAUUCUUAUAUAGACAGUACUCAGCUGCCUUGCAAUGUAAUAGCACGAGAACAUAUGAACAUACGUCUGUGGCUGCGAUGUCGCAUGGCAUUAGUGACUGCACUAACAGCACAGAUCCGUGGCAUUGGUGAUAUGAAAGAAAAUGACAUGACUGAUUGCUCAAGUCUAAUAAAUGAAGUAAUAAUAGAAGCAGAGGCCUUCAGUGACAUUGAGACACAGGCUGAAGUGCUGGUGCAAGUGGUUAUACUGGACCUGCAAGAAAGGCGCCCUGUGACUGGCAUUAAGCUUCUUCUGCAGGAUAUAAUCAAUUUACUCCAAGAAAAGCCAUUUAUUUCCCCUAUGGCUUCUUUAACACUAGUGAAAAGUAUGCUUCUGCUGGCAGACAUAUUGACAACACAAACAGAUGAGGACACAGAGCAUCACUCUUCUGCAAUCGAACAAUUAAACUUGUUAAUUCUGGCUCACAAAUAUACUAUUAAACAGAUUUUUACCCUUGGAGCACCAAUCAAACAGUGCACAGAAGACCCUGCAUUGACAAGUCCAGUGGUUCCUUUGAAAAAUAAUUACUUGCCAGCUAUUAAUUUACUGGCAAAAGUCAAAAUGAGAAUUGCACAUGCAUUAGCGCAAGAAGUAGCUUCCACAUCUAAAAGAGAGAACCCAUUAGAAUGGUUACCUGCUCUCAGUCACUUAGAAACAGCAUUGGACCUUUGUAGGACAUCCGCAACCAGAGAAUUAGAUUUGGAAGCGGAAAUUCUUUUUCAGAAAGGUAAGGUAGAGCGCCAGAUUAUUGAAGCUGGUAACAAUAAGUCACCACGAGCUGCUGAAACCCUAUUGGAUGCCAUAAAAGUGAGCCAGCGAAAUGAUCAAAACUUUGGGCUGAUAAGGAAAUCCUACCUGGAGAUAGCACUGUUAUAUUUCCAUUUGGCUACAUAUAAGGAAGAGACUUCACAAACUGUUAAGAUAGAGGCAUCCAAAACAAAGACUACUCCUAAAGAACACUUGGCUUCUACUGAGAGAAUACCCCAUAUAACUGAAGUGUACAGAACACAGGCCUGGAUUGCAGUCAGAGCAGCUACACAGGUCAGUGAAGCUAUGCUUGCUUCUCAGCUAUUAAUUGGAAAGAAGGGUGUUAAAGGCCACCAGGUGAAAGCCAUAACAGAACAGAACAUCCCAGAAUUUGCUUCUAUGGACCUUCUUGCUUCAUACAAAGAUUUUUUGUCUGAUGGAUAUGAGGUUCGCUAUAAAAACCUUAUGGCCUCUUCUAUCAAAAAUGAAAUCAUACAAAGUGAAAAGGACCAAAUAGAAAGUGAAGGAACAGAAUGUAAUAUCUCCAAGGACAUCCAGAGGAAACAAACUAUAACAUGGGUCCAUUUAAUCCGCUACCAUAAUUACUUAAUAAGACAUAACAUGAGCCCUCUCUUUGCUGUCUCCAAAUCAACACCUGGAUCAUUUUCUAUGGAAGAUGCACUGUUCACUUCUGUUUUUGAUACAGGAGUUGUUCUACGUUUAGCAGAAAUGCAUUUUUUCCUUAAAAAACAUCUGUAUAUUUAUUCAACAUGUUGUCUUGAAGAUUUUCCAAAACAGCUGCAGUUUUUAGAAAAACCAGGUGCUAGUCUGGCUGCUGUUCCUGUCAAGAUGUCUCUAGAAAUUCUUGGAGCCCCACAUAAGAUGUCCACAGUGAGAAUAGCCUCCACUGUUUCUUUUUGCACAGACACAGACAUUCAGCUAGACAACAGGGCAACGAUUGCUCCAAACAAGGAACUUUGCAUUCAGUGGUACAUUCCAUCUCUGGAGAAAUCAACAAAAGAUAUGGAGACUAUGGUUUUGCUGCUUUAUGCUUACAAUACAAAGUAUGUCAAGAUUGUCAGCAUCAAGACUUUCAAUUCAGCCAAUGUGUUUUCUGGUCACUUGUGGAUUCCACUGACUAGAAUUAUUUCCUUACAUGAAAAAUUGUCUAAUGUGAAACAGCAAAUUGAAAUUUUGGUGCAGUCAUCUACGAGUUUUCCUUUACAAGAACAAAGUGAAAGACAGAGACGAAUGCCUUCAACAAAGUCCAAAAUUAAUCUUGUAAAGGUGGAACUGGAUGAAAAAAUAGAAGAAAUGCUUAAACAAUGUUUGUGUGAAGUAAAAGCUUUGCUGUGUGUUGUUCCAGAUCUGUCCUCUCCAUUAACUGAGGUCCCAUUUGACGUUACUUUGCUGUCAAUACAAAAUUUGGAGAAAAUGUUUGAUCCUGCUAAUGGAUGUGUGAUAGCUGGAGGAAGCCUUUUCAGCUGGGUUAUAUCUCUGCUCCCUUGAAUUUUCAUUCUCUAGUAAUUUAAUCAAAUACUGAAUUUCACAGUUUUAAAGGUCAAAUUGUGUUCCUACUUCAGCCAGUGGGAAUUUUGCCAUUGAUUUUAAUGGGACCGAGAUCUGGCCCCUAUUGAUUUAUGUAGCUUUUAGUUACAUUUUGGAAAAUGUCACCUUUUAUUUUUUAUUAAAUAAGUUAACUUUCCUUCUUCCUUAUGUUUCUUAAUCAAAAAAAUGUCUUUUUCAGGAAUUAAUGUUCUUACAGGAACUUUUUAUAGUAAAAAGAUUUAAAAUGUGAGUUAUUCAGUCCUAAAUAAGUGAGUUUGUAUUUUGCUGGGGUUUCUCCUUUUCAAAAACCUCAUGUUGAUUAAAAAAUGUGAAUAGGCCAAAAAGACUGUUUGCCCUUGAGAUACUGCAGGCCUCGUAGCCUCCUAAUAUUAAAAUAUAAACUAUAGAUUUUUCCAUAAAACAUGUAUUAUAUGCUAAAUUUUACCCUACCAGCACACAUUUAACUGCUUUUGCAGUUAGUCACAGGUGCUUCUACUGACGAGCUUCAUUGAGAAACAACUACCUGAAACCACUGCACUGGACUUCUUUCACAAUUUCACUGCUUUUAAAUUACAAUUUCAGACUCCUCUCUCUUUGUUAAAGGAAGAAAAACUCUUACAUACUGCUGACAGUGAAACUGAUUUGUUUGAAAGCGGUAUAUUUAGAUAUCGCCAUAUAAUUCUGAAGAGAGAAUCUGUAAACAGGCAAAUUUAAAAGCUACAAAAGUAUAGUACAAAGGUAUUGUAUCUUUCAUACAAUAUUCUAAAAUGCUUAACAAAAUAACAUUGAAAAUAUGUAUAAAUGCUAAGUAUUAUUAUUGUUUGAAAAUUUGGACAAACAUUAACUAAAGUUAGGGUGACCAGAUGAGAGACGUGAAAUAUCGGGACUAGGGGGGUGCCGGCAGAGCAACAACCCCCCCCCCCAAGACCCAGCGGUGAAGUGGGGGGAGUGGGAACAAGAGUCACCAGAGCAUAGGAAAAAUUCCUGGGGACUGAGCACCUAUCGGCAGCUCCACGCCCUGCCCCUCUACACCAGGUCACCUUCACUCUGCCUCCACCUCCCUUGAGCUGGCUGCCACGCCCUGCUUCUCCCCCCUCCCUCCAGUGCUUGCGCUGCCAAACAGCUGAUUAGCACAAGCCUGGGAGGGAGGGGUGAGGAGGAGGAAUGUGGCGUGCUUGGGGAA